CUAGCCAAAUCUAUUGGCACCAUGGUAUCUAUUGCGGGGGCAUUAACUGUGACUUUAUUUAAGGGCCCAGAAGUUGUAACUACUUCAUCUCCAUACAAUUUACGCGAUGAAAUUUUGUUGGCGCAUACAAAUUGGUUGAUUGGAGGUCUUCUCCUUACAGCUGGUAGCUUUUCCCUGUCGCUAUUGUACAUCGUUCAGACCUCCAUUGUUAAGGACUACCCUGAAGAGCUGAUGGUAACAUUCAUUUGUUGUGUCUUUGUGACCCUUCAAUCUGCUAUACUCGCUCUAAUUUUAGAGGGUGACCCAAAUGCUUGGAGACUAAAGCCAGGCAUGGAGUUGAUGGCCAUCCUGUACUCUGCAGUUUUUGCUGUAGCACUUCGAACUCUUGUUCACACAUGGGCAUGUCACAAGAAGGGACCUGUCUAUGUUUCCAUGUUUAAACCACUUGGAAUAGUCAUUGCAAUGGUAAUGGGAGUUACUUUUCUUGGAGACACUCUUUAUGUUGGAAGUGUUGUCGGAACAGUUAUUAUUGCUUUUGGGUUUUAUUCUGUGAUUUGGGGCCAAACCCGAGAAGAAAAGAUGGCUGAUUACGAAGGAAUGGACAGCUUGAAGCCCUCUUCACCCAAAAUCCCUCUCCUUCAAAACAGAAGCAUGGAAGCAUAACAGUUUCGCAUAGACCUAAUGACAGAUUAUUUCGUUGCACAAUAAUUUCU